AUGUGUCAGGAUCAGAAGAUUAAGCUCCACACUUGUGAGAAGGUGGGUUUGUUGGAGGAGUUCCUGCUCUACAAGUUCAAAAUGAAACAACCUAUUUUGAGGGAAGAUAUGCUGAAGAUUGUCAGCCCAAAAUACCAAAACCAGUUUGCUGAGAUUCUCAGAAAAGUUUCUGAGCACAUUGAGGUUGUCUUUGCGUUGAAGAAGGUCAACCCAGCUCGUCACUUAUAUGACCUUGUCAGCAAGCUGAAACUCCCCAACAAUGGGAGGAUUCACGCUGGCAAAGGGUUAUCCAAGACUGGUCUCCUGAUGACUCUCCUGAGUGUGAUCUUCCUGAAAGGCAACUGUGCCAGUGAGGAAGAUAUCUGGCAAUUUCUGAAUAUGAGGCAGAUAUGUGUUGGGAAGAAGUACUACCUCUACAGAGAGCCCAGGAAGCUCAUCACUCAGGAUUUUGUGAAGCUAAAAUACCUGCAGUACUGCCAGAUGCCCAGCAGUUAUCCUGCACACUAUAAAUUCCUGUGGGUUACAAGAGCCUACAGUGAAACCAGCAAGAUGAAAGUCUUAGAAUAUUUGGCCAGGGUCAGUAAUAUUGCUCCAGGUACCUUCUCUUCAUGAAAUGUAGAGGCUUUGAUGGAUAAGGAAGAAAGCCUAAGCCAGAAUUGCAGCCAAGACUGGCACUACUGCAGUGGCCAAGACUGUUUUGAGGCCAAGUUCAACAGCUUCUCCCAACCCUACUGA